AUGGGUUUCUUUAGCCACCAGAGGGGUCAGGUGCGUCAGGAGGCCAAGUGGGAUUACAUUCAACUUGAUGACUUCAAAGCCGACGGCCCAUUAACAUACCUUGCCUAUGGAUACCUGUUCGUCUCGCUCACGAUAUCGACUGCUGUCUACGCCGUUGAUACCUUUACUGCUGUCAACCUGCUCGCCUUCAACAAGUGGUCCUCCGAGAUCCAACCGGCCAUCUCCUUCAGCAUCACGAAAUGGAUCUUCUCCGUGUGCAUCAUCCUAUCCUUUAUUAACCUCGUGUACGAGCACCUUCGCGCGCAGAUGAUUAUUCGGAGGGGCAGCGUUGCCGAGUCGUAUCUGGACAAUCUGGCCGUGCGCCUGCAGAGUGUUCGAAUCUGGAAUGGCAAGGGAUGGAGAAGGUUCCUGGUAUUUGCCGAGUUGACCAAGAGUAAGAAGGGGGCCGAGUACAUCGCCCUCUUCACCUACUUCAGUUUUCAAGCGUGGAUUCGCGUCAUUUUCUGUUCGGGACCGCGGCAGGUAGUCAAUGCCGUCACCUUGUAUUCGGUGUACACUGCAAAGCUCCAGAUCGACGGCGAGGAUUUCGAAACGAGCAUCGAGAGUCUCUUUGAUAAAAUCAAGGCUUUCGCCCAGCAGGACUACCAACAGGCCCUCAUCUUGUCUGGCAUGCUCUUCACCCUGGUCAUCUGGGUCUUCUCGGCACUGUCCUUUCUUCUUGCGAUCCUGUUUUUCGUCUGCUUCCUAUGGGGUUGGAUCCCCAAGGAAGACGGCGGUCUAUCUGGAUACUGCGAGCGCAAGAUUAACAAGAGGCUCAUGAAGAUUGUGUCGGCCAAGGUCGAUGCUGCCCUCGCCGACCAGGAAAGGCAGAGGAAGAAGGCAGACUUGAAAGCCGCCAAGAAAGCAGGUGCCCUGCCGCCAGAGGAACGCAAGGCGACGCUCCCGAACCUCAUGCCAGAGAAUAGCGAGAAGAAAUCAGACAUGCCUCCGCUGUUCAGGAACGACACUGUAGCCACACUGCCGGUGUACACCUCGCGACCGGGCACACCAGGCCAGGAAUUCGAGUUGAAUAAGAUGCCGCGGCCUAUGCCGGGCAGGACAGACACCACAUCGACUGCUUCGAGCCGGGCGCCACUUCUCACAGCGGGUGCGGAAAUGGGC